CUUUGGUCGCCUUUAAUUUUAGCGCCGCCCCGCCCGCGCCGCCGCCGACAAAUAUACAGGCAAAAUAUUUCCGGUCCUCAAAGCUCCCGCCCGCCCUCCUUCCCUCCCUCCCUCCGGCGCCAGUCCAGGCACAGGCAGGCUUCAGUCUCCAGAGAUGGCGAGGAACGAGCCCCUAGACUUCGAGAACGAGGACGAUCCGCUCCUCCCCGCCCCGCGCCCCGCCAAGAGGAGCAAGGUCAUCGGCAUGGAUGAUCUCCUGCUGGAUUACUUUCAAUCUGGUAAAAAGGACAAGCUCAAAGUUAAGGCUGCCAAGUCUAAGCAUGGCCCCAAAGGAGGAUAUGAUUCAGGUGAGGAAGACGACAGGGCUACACAGCAAGAGAUUACAGUCUGCAAAAUAUUUGAGGAAGUUCAGCAAAAGGGCAAAGUGAUGGAUGCUAGAGACGAUGUACCCCCAUGGGGUCAACAAUUUUUUAGAUGCCAGUUAAUUUUGGCGUCUUCCUCAUGUUUUUGUGUAGGAGAGGGGUUCCUCGAAGGCAUGCUGUUGGAUGGAUGGCUUCUGAAUUUGGUUCGCAUAUGUGGUUUUGUUGAAGACUCUGUAGCAUCGUGGACGCUGACCAACUUGUUGCAUUCACCCAAUGAGAAAUUACAAGUUUCUGCAGCUGACUUUUGGGAUGGCAUUCUUUCCUUGGAUGAGGCUGGUGAACCGUUGGUCAACCUUGGGUAUUUUCCAAGUUACUCUGUUCUAAAACGGGCUAUGCUGAGCUAUGGAUAUCUAUUUGAUACUUCAGGCACUAAGGCUUCAAUCUCUGGAAGCACUGCUGCAGGUGGCCCUGAUGAUAGUCUGCCUCAUAACAUCAUUGCUUGGUUAAGAGUUGUAUCUGCUUGCUGCAAAAUCAGAAAAGUGCAUUCCAUCUUCUCGCCUUCUGAGGCAGAAGAACUUCUUGCUAUUGCCAUUUCCCUCUUUUUGGACCGUCGACUUGAAGGGUUGCUGCUUGUUUUGGGAGACUGCCUGAAUUCACUUAUAUUAUACUUCAAUACGAGUGAGUGGGAAACUAGCUGUGUGAUGGUGGCUGAAUCAAUUGCUCAGAGGGUCACACUGGACCUCAAUUGUUUAAGGGUUGUUGACUGCAUCACUGGUACAAAUAAGCGCAGCAAAAUCCUAAGGAGUCAGGUGGCACUUCAGCUGCUGAAGAUCAGCUUUGGGCUUAAGGUGGCGAAUGUUGAGAAGAUUUUGAAGCUAGUCACAUCCAUCAACGUGAAGGAGAAAGAAUGUGACUUCUUCAGGCUUUAUGUGUAUCUAGUAUUGAUGGACAACUUGCUCUUCUCAAGUGAUGCAUUUAGAGAUAAGACUGGGAUGGUUGAUGCUUGGCGGAAUUAUCUGCGCAACUGUUCCACCCAAAUUGGGUGCACGGACUGGAGAUUCUAUGCUCCAAAGGCCCGAAACAAGGCUUCUUAUCUUCUGCAAGGUUCAAUCUUGAAAAAAAGCAGUGGCGAUGGUAAAAGUUGUGUCCGGUAAUCAAAGGGGACCAAAUGUCUGGUGCAGCAGUGCCCAGGUUGUGGUUCCAUUCGAUGGGCAACGGCGAAGUGCUCAUAUCAUUCCAUGUUUUAUGUACAAUUCUUUUUUAGUUGUUGUGUUUUAGUUCAAAAAUGAACUAGCGAGCGACAAAUAUUCGAGAACAGAGUUAGCAGCCAGAUUUAGAGGGGUGUUGAUUGAUGUAUCUGUGGGGGUGCUUCUGCUUGGUUGAUUGACAGAAACAAAAAGGAAAGAGAGCAGCAAGGGAUGAUUGGGUGCAGCCUGGAGGGGGAUGUUUUGUUUA